AUGGCUUCGACAAAGACAAUGUUGCGCCUGGCAAGCAAGAGGCCGCUCAUUGGAGCUCAUCAAUCGGCCAAAUGCGUUCAGCGCGUGUCCAUCUCUCAAUCGGCCAGGUUAUGCGCGGAAAAGAACAGUGAGCAGAAGCUGCGAGAGGCACCUGCAGAUCUGCUCUCAGAACUGCGAAAAGCUCCCAGACCGCCAAUGGGUAAGCUGUCUGCUCCCAUCGUCAACGACGCCGACAAGUAUGCCGAUAAAGCACUGCCACUGCACCAAUAUGGACAAUAUCUCAUGUCUUGCCUUCCGAAGUACAUCCAGCAAUUUUCUGUAUGGAAGGACGAACUCUGCAUCUACAUUACCCCCACUGGUGUGAUCCCAGUUUUCUCGUUUCUGAAAAACCACACAGCCGCGGAGUACACCAUGGUCAGCGAUAUUACUGCAGUCGACUUUCCCACCAAAUCCAACCGAUUCGAAGUCGUCUAUAACCUCCUCAGUGUCCGCCACAACUCGAGAAUAAGAGUGAAGACAUAUGCCGACGAGGCAACUCCCGUUCCUUCCAUCACUAGCCUCUACGAUGGCGCAAACUGGUACGAGCGGGAAGUUUACGACUUGUUUGGUGUCUUCUUCACUGGUCACCCUGAUUUGAGAAGAAUCAUGACUGAUUAUGGCUUUGAUGGACAUCCGUUACGAAAGGAUUUCCCCUUGACUGGAUACACCGAGAUUAGAUACGACGAGGAAAAGAAGAGAAUCGUGGUUGAACCACUUGAGAUGACGCAAGCAUAUCGUAACUUCGAGGGUGGCACAAGCGCUUGGGAACAGGUCGGCCCUGGCGAGGACCGGACACCAGAGCAAUUCAAGCUACCCACUCCCAAGCCAGAGGAAAAGAAAGAGGAGAAGAAAUAG